AGUUUCCACUUAAACCACAAGUUCAGUGUUAGCUAUAAGCUUUUACCUUGCGCUAGUGGCAGAAACCCUUCCAAUGACUACAUUAAGACAGAUUUGUUCAGAAUAACAGAUCAAUAUUGGGAGAUCCGCAAUGAAUAUUCAGUUUAUAAUAAUAUUACUCAGUAGCUGUGUAGAUCUAUCCCGAAGCGUUGUAAGGGAGUUGUACAUCGCUUCUGAGGAGAUUGCAUGGGAUUACCGUGGCUCAGAUAACCUGGACACGCGUUCAGAUCAAAGUUUUUAUAGGAGACAGCUUAAUUCCAGGGAUGGCUCCGAGCUGUAUGUAAAAGCUAUUUACCGAGAAUACACAGAUGCUACCUUCUCAACGCUUAAGGCCAGACCUUCGUCUAAUGGUAUUCAAGGUCCAACAAUAAGAGCUGAAGUCAAUGACAAGGUCGUGGUUCAUUUUAAAAAUUUUGCAUCCCAGUCCUACAGCAUAAAUCCCAUUGGUAUAUCUUACUGGAAACAAUCUGAAGGAGUUGGGUAUGAUGAUGCUACAUCUGCCCAAGAGAAAGAAGACGAUGCUGUUGUCUCUGGUGGUUAUUACCGCUACGUUUGGGACAUCCUGCCAGCCGACGGCCCCACAACAACGGAUCCAGAUUGUCUCACUUACUCAUACUCCUCCCAGGUCGACGUGGUUCGAGACGUUAACUCUGGUCUCAUCGGUGCUUUUCUCAUCUGUAAAGCAGGUUCUCUUACAAGUGAUGGCCAUCAAAAAAUCCCAGAGUACAUCCUACUUUUUGCCGUGUUUGAUGAAUCGAGGAGCUGGUACGGGGAAUCGGGAAUGUCAUUGGAAAGAUUCCAGAAGACUAGACAGAAAAAAUUGUAUCACACCAUCAAUGGAUACGUCAACUCAACCCUACCAGGUCUGAAGAUUUGUCAAAAGAGCAAUGUCUUCUGGCAUUUGAUUGGAAUGGGCUCCUCUUCAGAAAUCCACUCCAUAUAUUUCCAGAAACACACACUACAAGUGAAAAACCAUAGAAAGGUCUUUCUGGAAAUGACGCCCAUGACUUUUGUCACAGCAGAGAUGAAGCCUGUGGGUGUUGGGAAUUACAUGAUCUCUUGUCAGAUCCACUCUCACCAGCUAGCUGGCAUGAAUGCUCAGUUUACUGUCGAGGAUUGCCCUGAAGCAGCACAGAUUUCCAAAAAGUCUAAUUUUAUACAAUCAGAUGACUAUGAGUAUGAUAUAUCCCUGGAGGGCUUAGUGUCCCCAAUACUGAUUAAUUCUGGCCUGACCCCACGUUCUGCGGUAAAGCUAAAACCCAAGACAUGGGUACAUUACAUUGCUGCUGAAGAGAUUGUUUGGGACUACGCUCCGGAGCUCAGUGAAGCCGACAGAAAUUCAGACUACACGGUGCGGGCUCCCCAGCGUAUUGGCAAAGAAUACAAGAAGGCCGCAUAUGUCGAAUACACUGAUGCAAGUUUCCGGCAGCAAAAACCACCAAAUGGUAGUUUGCUGGGGCCUGUGUUACGAGGAGAAGUGGAUGACAAAAUUAAGAUUGUAUUCAAAAACCUGGCAAGUGUACCUUUCAACAUUUAUCCUAACGGGCUUACCAGCAUCUCCCCAUUUGGAAGCCGAGCCAACGUGAUAGACCUAAGGAACUAUCCCGUGAUGCCAAACGAUACCUUUGUGUAUAUAUGGAGAAUCACAGCGGAUGAUGGACCCACUAAGGCUGAUCCGCGAUGCCUCACCCGUCUCUACAAGAGCACCAUCAACCCUGUCCGCGACCUGGCCGCAGGCCUCGUUGGUCCACUGGUUGUGUGCUACAGGAAGACACUGGAUAAAAGAGGCAAUGUGUUAAUGUCAGACAAAGAGAAGCACUUGAUGUUCACGGUUUUUGAUGAAAACCAAAGCUGGUAUAUAGAUGAUAAUAUUCAAAAGUAUGUUCAAGAUCCAUCCAAAGUGGAUCCCGCUGAUCCUGAUUUCUACAGAUCCAACGUAAUGUACAAUGUGAAUGGCCUCAUGUUCAACAACCUGAACUUCGUCACCUGUCUGGGAGAUGUCACCUUCUGGCAUGUGCUGAAUGUGGGCACCCAGAGUGACUUCCUGUCGGUGUACUUCAUGGGAAAUACCUUUGAACGAGACAAAGUAUAUGAAACAGUCCUCACUCUCUUUCCUAUGAAUGGAGAGACAGUCAGUAUGGAAAUGGAGACUGUGGGUGAAUGGGAGAUUGGUGCUUUUGAUCCCAGUGCCAAAAACCGUGGCAUGAGUGCCAAGUACACGGUGAAAGACUGUGACCGGAAUCAUCCAUUGUUCGAUGACAGCGAUUACCUUGAAGAGUAUAUUCAACAAAAUAUUGGCAGAAGUGCUGGUCGAAAGAACAGGACCCUGGCAGUCAGACUGUGCAGAAAGCCAAUAGAUAAAAACACCUCGACUUCUGCAAGGAAAAACACUACAGAGGACUCCCACAUUCACCCAUUCUGUGAAAUCACCUACAUCUCACUCAGCCCAAAUGGCCAGAGUGAAGUCGAGGGUGACAUUCCUGAGGACGUCCUACGAGAGGUGCUGAGACAGAAGCACCCUGUGAUCUUGCAAAGUGGUAAUGAAAACCAUUUACCCCUUGAUUCUAUGGGGACGCACCACAAAUUUACACCUGAGCCCAGCAAGGCGCCUGGGAAGCUGAAGAAGAGAACUCUGUCCGACCCCAUAUUUGGCGGCGCUUUGACUGAUGUGCCUAUAACCACUCCAUCAGAAACAGAGGAUGAAGACAGGAGUGUUGAAAGUCCAAUUUUAGACACAGCACCACCACUGUUUAAAGAAAAGGACACUCAGCCCCUAAAUGAAGAUCACACAAGUUCAGAGGAUCUUAACAUGGGUUCCGGUUUCAACAAACAACUCAACAGGUCAGAGGCAGCCUCAAGCACUGACCACGUUGAGCAUAAAAAUAACCACACUAUUUUGGUGAGGUCCGCUAUAGACACAGAGCUACGCAACAGGCAGAGGGGAUCUGGUCCACUGAGAAUGGAAAGAGGAGUAGAAGACAUUGCUAGCAGAAAGAUGAUGACCAAGGCGCAGCAGAAGGCAAUGCUGGAGGAAAAGAAUUUGAUUCCAGAACAGGACGAUAUAAUCGAAGACGAUGGCGUUGAAGAUCCUACAAAGGAUCUCGAUGAAGUGUUUUCAGCGCUGCACCCUUCGGCGAACACAUCGAAUAGCAGAAACAUCACCAGGAGUGAUUCAUUUUUUGAGUAUGACGACUACACAACUGAAAAAGAUGAGCUCAAUGAAAUAAAUUCAUUAGGCCUCAGAGCUACUGAUGGAAAAUAUCGAAACUAUUAUAUCGCUGCAGUAGAAGUCAUGUGGGAUUAUGGAUUGAAGAAACGGCAUCAGGUCAUGAAAGCAAGGGACAUGCUCAGAGCAAAACGGAUGUACCUGCCCGAGUACAAAAAGGUGGUGUUCCGCGCAUACUUGGACCAAGAUUUCAGGUACCCAGCACCACGAGGAGAGCUAGAGGAACAUCUUGGAAUCAUGGGUCCGGUGAUUAAAACAGAGAUCAAUGACGUUCUUAUAGUGACGUUUAAGAAUCUUGCUUCAAAGCCGUUCUCUUUCCACCUUCAUGGGAUCUUUGAAAAAGGUCAGGGGGAGGAGAAUGAGGAAACUAAUGCAGAGGCUGUUCAGCCCAAUGAGGUGCGGGUAUAUCGCCGGAAGAUCACAAAGAGACAAGGACCGUCCUCUAAGGAGUUCGACUGCAAAUCGUGGGCUUACUAUUCCAACCUCAACAUGGAGAGGGAUGUCAACUCAGGACUCAUCGGUCCCCUAAUUGUUUGCAAGCCUAAUACACUUCACCCUAUUGACAACAUCGACUUGAAUGUCCAGGAGUUCCACCUGCUCUUCACCAUAUUUGACGAAACCAAAAGCUGGUAUUUUGAAGAAAAUAUCAACCGGUUCUGCCCUCCACCCUGCAGUUUAAGGAGAAAUGACCCCUGGUUCGAAUCUGGGAACAAGUUCUCCGCCAUCAACGGCUACACAGCAGAGACCCUCCCUGGCCUGCUGGUGACGCAGCAUCAAAGGAUCCGUUGGCACCUGCUGAAUAUGGGUGGCAGUGGGGAGCUGCACGCUGUCCAUUUUCAUGGGCUCCCCUUCACUGUGCGCAGCGACCAAGAGCACCGCAUGGGCAUUUACAGCUUAUACCCUGGUGUGUUUGGGACUGUAGAAAUGAGGCCAGUGAUGGCAGGAACCUGGAUGGCUGAAUGUUCCAUUGGGGAACAUCAGCUGUCGGGAAUGAGAGCCAAGCUGCUGGUCUACAGUCCACAGUGCAUUGAACCGCUGGGAAUGCGGACAGGAAGGAUUUCAGAUAGCCAAAUCACGGACUCUGGACACUACGGUGAUUGGGAGGCCAGACUGGCCAGACUGGAACUGGCCGGCUCAGUGAACGCCUGGAGCGGCAUAAACAGGAUGUCCUGGAUUCAGGUGGAUCUUAAGAGGCCGAUGCUAGUUCACAAGAUUCGUACACAGGGCGCGACACACGGCCUCUCUGAGAGUUUCAUCGUGAUGUACAACGUCUCAUACAGUCAGGACAGUGUGACGUGGAAAACAUACAAAGGGAAAAGCACUAAACCAACAAUGAUAUUCACUGGAAACAUAGAUGGUUCCAGGAUCAAGGAGAACUUCUUUUCCCCUCCAAUCCUCGGCCGCUACAUCAGAGUGCAUCCUAUAGAAUACAACAAACGCCCAACCCUUCGCAUGGAGCUUUACGGCUGUGAUCUGAAUAGCUGCUCAAUGCCCAUGGGAAUGGAAAAGAUGCAGAUUCCCAACCACAGCAUCAGUGCAUCAUCCUUCUUGCAUAAGUUAUUCUUGUCCUGGAGCCCUUCUCUUGCCCGUCUAAACUUAGAUGGCGCUGCUAAUGCUUGGAGACCCAAGACUAAUAACCCUUAUGAAUGGAUCCAGGUGGAUUUCAUGAGAGUGAAGAAGGUGACAGGGGUGGUCACCCAAGGGGCCCGGUCUUUCCUGACCCACAUGAUGGUCACAGAGUUCACUGUAUCAGUGAGCAACAACGGUCGUGUCUGGACCAGCGUGCUAGAGGAGGAUACGAAAAUGGAAAAGGUCUUCCAAGGGAAUGACAGAUAUGAUGAAGAAGCUCUGAAUGUAUUUGAACCGCCGCUGUUCACCAGAUACAUCCGAAUCCAGCCCAGAGGCUGGUAUAACGAGAUUGCCUUGCGUCUUGAGUUUCUGGGAUGCGACACGCAAGAGUGACAUAUAAUCCACAUAAAAAGUGACUUGUAGCUGCAUGUAUGUUACAGUGACCUACUGUACAGUAGCAACACUGACAACUUAGCAUGAUCAGACUACAUUAACAACCCACCCAUUUUAUUGGUUUAUAUUAGCAGUGAUCUUAACAGGAAAUAGCCUAAUUUUAUUUUUAAAAAGCACUGCUGGCAGCUUUUGGCUGUGUGGAUUUUUCCUGAAAACAAUUAUGUGAAAUAUGACUGAUGAUUUGUGGUUUGUUCACAUCUUGUUCCAUACUGGCUUUGAUGUUACCAUGAAUAUGAUAUUUUAACUCUUUUAAAUUUGUAUUUUUUGGGAAUGCUGUAAAUAUAGUAUUCAGCGUGUGACCCGCAAACUUUUUAGCAUGCGGAAUAGUUUUUUGAACAAACACAAAAUUACACAUACUACAACACGGUAAACAUACACCAUAUAUUGUGUGCAUUAUGCCUAACAUAAUAUAACCAAAGGGGCAUUUUCCUCACUAUUCUGGCAGCAAUGAAUGUAGCUUUUUACACAAGAAACAUGUUGAUAUUUCAUGAUUAGAAAAGCAAGAUGACUUCAGCGGAAUUCUACUUUAUGCACUUAACAUAAGAAAAUACACUCAGAAUAACUAUACAAACGAGAGGAGGCCAUUCGGCCCAUCAACACCCAGUAAUGUAAAACCUCAGCAAUAUUUUUCAUGGAAUAUUUUUGUCCUGUAGUUUAUAUGUAACUGAAUUAUUUGGCCUCCUAUAACAUAUAGUAGAGAAUCAGAAAUAUAAGUUUGAUUCUAAGAUGUAUUUAUUUAGCAGGCGUUUCUCUCCAAAGUGGCAUAGAUCUGAAAACAACUGGGAGUUAAGUAUGUUACUCAAGGGCCCAAAGGUGAAAUCAUUCUGCUGCCCCUAGGAUUUGACCUGGUGAUCUUGCUUAUACAGAUUUCUGAGAAAUAGCCACUGUCCCGCAACCAUUUACCACGGUAUUAACGUAACUAGGACUGCUCUGUGGCUCACUUCCUUGACGGGCAAAGAUAACCAUUUGAGUGAAAACAUUUGUCUUUCUGCUUGCUGUUCUUUUGCUACCAGAAAAGUAGCAAAGGCAGAGGAAAGAUUAUCGGGUUUGGCAAAAACAGUCUAAUUCCGUUUUCCGUUUCCCAUUGAAACUAUUACAUAAACUGCAAGAUUGUUUUCACAGCUUAUCUACUUUGAAUUCUGGAGAUGCCUUGGCAACUAUUGUUCAGUCGUAAUGUUGCCUUUCUGUUUUACUUGUAACCCUUGUUAAAUAAUUGCUUUGCUAUGAAAUUAAGUUUUAUUAACAUUAAACGUGUAAAUCAUUGUG